GUCACUUCCUCCCCGAGCCUGCCGCUUUUUUGCCGCUGCCACAGUCGAGGCGUCGUCUUCCUCGUCGGUCAGCGGAGGCGCUCGGUCCCUCUCCCUGCUGCUGCUCUUCCUCCUCCUCCUUCUCCUCCGCGCCCGCGGCGGGGUCUGUGUGUGUGUCCGGCCUCGAGGGGCGGGGCGGGGCCCGGGGCGGGACGGCAGUCCCACAGUUGUCUCCCUCCGCGGGGCCACCGGCAGCCCUGAAGAGGAGCCGAGCCAGGCCCAGGCGAGCCGGGCCCUCCGGCGGGAAGAAGGGCCGCAGGAACCUGCUGCUGUUGCUGCUGAAGCUGAGGGCCGAGGGGAGAGUCGCUCGGCAACGAUUAACUGCUGAGGUACUGAUCGAGUUCUGCACUUCUUCAAUGAGGAACUACAGGCUGAUCUUCUGCCAUAACCUCAAGCAACCAUAAAUGACAAAAAUAUGCUUCGUCAGUAAGGGUAGCUGGCGUAGAAAAUAUUUUGUGAACGUAGGUGUUUAAGUGCUCUGAGAAAGACAGCUUUGAUAUUGGGCUGCAUAAAGAUAUGAGGAAGAGCUCCUCCCCUUCUUUGAGUAACUGCAACUCUGUUCUCACUAACAAAAUAUUUGGAAUUCCACUCGAAGAACUGCAGCAGGAAGGACAGCCAGGCAGUGAAGUUCCAUUCAUAGUCCGCCAUGUCGUGGAUUAUAUUGAGGAACAUGGAGGUCUAGAGCAAGAAGGACUUUUUCAAGUCAACGGGAAUGCAGAAACAGUGGAGUGGCUACGGCAAAGAUAUGAUAAUGGAGAAGAUGUGGAUCUGGUUAAAGAAGCAGAUGUACCUUCAGCUAUUAGUCUUCUUCGAUUUUUUCUUCAAGCACUUCCAGAACCAGUUAUCCCAGGCACUCUACAUAUGCAUCUGAUACAACUUUCUCAAGAUUAUAGUCAAGAUGAAUUUGGAAGAAAGUUGAGGUUCCUCUUGCAGCAGCUUCCACCUCUUAAUUAUAGUUUGUUAAAGUUUCUGUGUAGAUUUUUAGCUAAUGUAGCAUCACAUCAUGAAGAAAUUUGGUCUGCAAGUUCUUUGGCUGCUGUUUUUGGUCCCGAUGUCUUCCACAUUUACACUGAUGUGGAGGAUCUGAAAGAGCAAGAAUCAGUUAGCAGAAUAAUGUCGGGACUGCUAGAAAAUUAUGAUGAACUCUUUGAAAAUGAAGAGGAAGAUUUCUCAUCUAAUGAUUUAAGUUCAAUAACUGAGCAGAUAAACGAUCUGUUGGAUGAAGAUGAUAUAAAGCUUGAGCAGUCUGAAGAACUGCCAGAAGAAGAAGAGAACAUGGAGGACCCUGAAUAUGGGAGAAAUAUGGAAUCUCAAGAUAUGAUGGAAAGUAUCUUGGAGUCAUGUAGUGUUUCUGCAUCAACAAGUGCUCAUCUCUCUCCUUUAAGCAUCUUACCAGCCUCUGCAGACAUUUUAGAAAGAACAAUUAGAGCAGCUGUAGAACAACAUCUCUUUGAUCUGCAGAGCAGCAUAGAUCAAGAUUUCAAGAAUUUACAACAUCGAAUGGUGUGCCGUGAAGCAAAUAUAGAGGAUAAAGAAGGAUCUAAUAACCAGGAUGAUACAGAAAAGAAUGUUUCUGAAGAUUAUGAAAACCUUGAAGACUGCUCUGAAACCUUGGAUUGCACUAAUUCAGACAAUGAAGUUGUACAGCCUGUGUCUGAGGAAGAAGAAAGUUAUCAGGCAGCAGGGAUAUUAUUGAAGCCAUGUGAUGGAGGAGAAGAAACUAGAGGGUCUAUUGGAGAUAGGCAAGAUUGUACAUCAUUUGAUGAUGGCGACAAAAUGACGUCACACAUGAUUCUUGGGUUUGUUAGCAAAGUUUGUGACCCAAAUUUCAAAACUGAAUCAGAAGAACUGAAAAACAGAAACAACAAUGCUCCUGAAGCAACAUUGUGUGUCCCCAUGCCACAUCUUGAUUUGAAGAAUGUAAAUGGUGGUGACAAUUGGGAAGCGCCAUGCCCUAUCACUUUUCCCCUCAUUGAUUUCAAAACAAUGCAUCUACAGAGAGAAGGGGAGGAGCCGUUUCCUGCUUUUAAAUCUUGGCAGGAAGACAGUGAAUCUGGAGAAGCCCAGCUUUCUCCACAGGCUGGAAGAAUGAAUCAUCCUCUGGAAGAGGACAGUCAUCCUAUUUUAUCACAUCGGAGUUUGGAUUUUGGGCAAAGCCAGCGUUUCCUCCAUGAUCCAGAAAAAAUAGAUUCUUCAUCUAAAGCACUUUCUUUUGUUAGAACCCGAAGAGCAUCAUUUAGUAGUUCUAAGGAUGACAGAAGGGAGGAAAAGACUCCUUAUCAGCUAGUCAAGAAGUUGCAGAAAAAAAUAAAACAAUUUGAGGAGCAGUUUGAAAAAGACAAAAACUUCAAGCCUUCGUAUUCUGAUAUUGCAGCAAAUCCAAAGGUCUUAAAAUGGAUGACAGAACUUACCAAAUUGAAAAAGCAAAUAAAAGAUGCAAAGCACAAAAGCUCAGAUGGUGAAUUUGUACCUCAGACACGUCCACGAAGUAACACUCUUCCAAAAAGCUUUGGCUCAUCUCUGGAUCAUGAAGAUGAAGAAAAUGAAGAUGAUUUGCGGGUUGCACAGAAAAAGCCUACCAAGGAGGCCACAGUUGAACUCAUUUUAAAAAGGUUGAAGGAAAAACGAAUUGAAAGAUGCCUACCAGAAGAUAUAAAGAAAAUGAACAAAGACCAUCUGGCAGAAGAAAAAACAUCACUCCAAAAAAGUCUCCUGUACUAUGAAAGUCAGCAUGGACGUCCGGUUUCCAGAGAAGAAAGGCAUAUUGUUAAACCCCUCUAUGACAGAUACAGGCUUGUGAAACAAAUGUUAACUCGAGCAAGCAUUACUCCCAUCCUUGGAUCACCGUCAACCAAAAGGCGUGGCCAAAUAUUACAGCCUAUCAUAGAAGGAGAAACAGCCCACUUCUUUGAAGAGAUUAAGGAAGAAGAAGAAGAUGGUGAACUUUCCUCAGAGUUGAGUGAUAUCUUGAAAUCAAGUGCCCAAACACAGCCCUUUACUACCAGCCCAGUUGAAAACUCAGAGUCUGAUGCUGAAGAUACUCAGGAGAAGUUGACUCGAGAACUCCGUCUCUCUAGUACACGUGCAGCUUCCAUGUAUGUGAACAGGAUUGUGCCUGAAUUACUGGAGCAACUUUGGAAAGCCAGAGCUGAAAAAAAGAAAUUACGCAAAACACUACGAGAAUUUGAAGAAGGAUUUUAUCAGCAGAAUGGAAGGAAUGUUCAGAAGGAAGAUCGUGCCCCCAUGCUUGAUGAGUACAGAGAGUAUAAGAAAGUUAAAGCCAAGCUUCGGCUUCUUGAGGUCCUCAUCAGCAAACAGGAUCCUUCAAAAUAAAUAUAAAUAAUGUUUCUUCAUAACAGUGAAAGAAUGGUUUCUUAUCCUGUCUAUUGUACUGUUUUGGUGUUAUCUUUUGUCUUGCACUGUUGAAAGAAUGCAGUUUUUGUACACUUUCCUAUGGUGCCACAUUUGAAGGGCAAGUAGGUCCUGAGUAGAGAGCUAAUGAGAUUCUUAAAUCAAGACUGCUCUGUCCAACUUCAGCAAAGUUUUUUCUCAUUUUUUAAAAUCACAAAUGCAUCUUGUUUUCAAAAGGCUGUAGGACUAGAACCAUUACAAAACUCUGGACUUGCUAACUUCGUUUCAUCUGCAUUUGUUAGUGUUACACUGAACUCAUCUGUUGCCUUUUUUAUUAUGGGGAACAAUGGCAGCAAAUUAAAAAAAACUGUGUUCCUGAACACCAGACUGAACUGAAACGCCUUUCAGAGGACUGCUGUGGAAUCACUUUGAUUUCAAAUGACAUCUGUCAUGUAAUAGAAUGGUUUGAGAUCUGUGGAUAUUGAAAUUUAAAGCUCCUGUUUGCUCUUCAGUUUCAGAUGAAAAUGGACAAACCAGAAAGUGACCUUGCUUGUUCUAUUUUUAGAAAUUGGAAAAAUCUGAACAUUUAUAUCACAUAUUGCCUACAAGACUAACAUUACUGUUAAUUUAUCAGUUAUCUGUUGAUCAGCAAAUGGUGACUUAGUGUAUGGUCUAAAUUGGAUGUCUCAUCUUACCUUUACAGGGGAGACUGUGUCAGUGCUUAGAUGUGGCUUAUGUCAACUGCUGUAUCUGAAAAUAAACUUAUCUUACCAAGGGCUAAAAUCAAAUCAAUAAUGUGAUUGACUUAAGGUGGACAGAGUCAGCUUUUAAAAAAAGAGUUCUUCCAUGUCACUGUUGUAGACAUGGAAAGAAAAGUGAUUUAACCUUUGUGGCGUUAAACAGUAUCAUAUGGUUCUUGCAUGAUGAAGCUUCAGAAUGGAAACAUUUUUGGUGACAUUUAUUUUGCCUACUAUAGAUGACACAACAGUCUUUAAUGUGCUUCAUUUUUUAAAAAUUUACUCAGAAGAACUCUGUCCAGUCUUACUUUGGAUAUGGUAUCUACACAUAGGGGUCUCCAUAGGCUGCAACCUUCUUUAUGGUACUUGUUUGAGCAGCAUAGUUUCUGAAUAAACAAAGUGCCUGGUUGUGGGCAUUGUGCGGAAAGGAGUAGCAGGGUGUAAUGGGAUCCCAUUGCAUGUAAGGUACUACAUCUAGUAAGAAUGGUUUGAGCUCAAGUGUUUAACAUGGCACCUUGGGGGAUCUUUUGUACUGUGGCCAUGUUUUUGCAUGUGCCUAUUUGCUGCAUGUGUUACAAAUGGCUAAUAUCAGCACUGAUAUUAUUUUUCACUGCUUUUUGAAAAACCAAAAAAAAAAUAAAAAAUAAAAAUAAAAAAUUAGUGUCUGUGGUAUAAGUGGCUAACAUGUAAACUCAUCAGGUUGAUGCGUUAACAUGGAUUAGAUGGAAAAUAGGUUUGCGAUACUCCAUAUUAGUCUCUUAUUUUUACUGUGAUUGUAGGCAUGUAAUUUUGGAACCCAAGAGAGAGCACUAAAAUCGGUUUAUAUUCUGAUGCUUUGCUUUAUACAACUAGAAGGAUUUUUUUUAGUGGACUGUAGUGAAUUGGAAAUUAAUCUGGAGAUUAUCUGUGGCUUUUAUUCAGCUUCAUUGUGCAAUGUACACUUCAGUUACUUUUGUAUCUGUCCACAGACACCGGUGCAUUUAAACAUCGAAACUUGUGUAUUGUAUAGUGUUGUACAUGAAUGUUUUAUAUACCACAUGCAAAAUGUCAAUAUGCACUAUUUAAAUGUUUUAAGUAAUAUAUUCCUCCUUUAUAAUGCUUAAAUCUAUAUGAUUCCAAUAUUUUUUAUAAAGUGAGUGAUCAGACUGGUUCCACUUCACAAUUAACAAAUGCUUUUGUGUGUGUUAUGCAGUGUUUGGCUGUUUGUUCAGUAUCUUAGCUAGCAUGGCAUCAUUUAUGCUAAGAGUGUGUGUUGUGCCAUCCUUAUUGAGCAAUAAAUGGUAGUUAGGCAUUUUGUGAUAUAACAUAGUUUUACUUUACUAUAAGUAAAAACUAUAUAUGUGGAUAUAUAGAUAUAUAAAUAUAUAUAAAUAAACCAGAUAUAAAUGAUUGCUAUGUCUGGCAUUUCAUUGUAUAGAUUUUUAUAAUAAAAGGAUCUUUUAUUGUCAUA